ACCAGUGCCAGCUGCAGCCUCGCUUCAGUGCCCGGUGCCAGCUGGCUCAUUUGUCUGGGACGGAGGUGGAGGUUUGGGACUCCUUGCUGCAGGGGGGGGGGGGGGCUCCCCCCCACGCCCCCUGCCCUCUACGCACCUAAAAGGAGCUUCUCCACCCCGCCCGUUGCCCUGGCGGCGGGUCCAGCUAGGAAUUACCCUGGUCACUUCUCCUGGGGCUUCCAGCCCACACCCUUCUAGGAGCAAUCGGGGUCUCGCUGAGGGUCUCCCCCCGCCCCAGCCUUUCGCUAGAGCCCGCAGGGCUGUGCGAGCUUGAGCAGGAACAUGAAGGGUUGCAGCACCUCCGCCUGACCAGUCCAGAGGACUCAAAGGAAGUGGUUCUGCCUGGGGCAAUUGCGCCCUGGUCCAGCUGCCCCGGUCCCAGCCCCAGCCCCAUGGCUCUCUGCCUUCCUCCCUGCGUCACAGGUGGGCUGGCCAGGUGAGAGCCGCUGGCAGGUGGGCCUGGCUGUGGACGACACCCCCUCUCUAGGAGCGGCACAGGUGGGAGGCCUCCCGGACGUGGUGCCGGAGGGGACCCUGCUCAACAUGGUGCUGAAGAGGGUGCACCGGCCCCGAAGCUGUUCUUACCAGCUGCUGCUGGAGCACCAGCGUCCCAGCCGCAUCCAGGGGCUCCGCUGGACGCCACUCACGGACAGUGAGGAGUCCCUGGAUUUCAGCGUGAGCCUGGAGCAGGCGUCCGCGGAGCGGGUGCUCAGGGCUGGGAAGCAGCUGCAUCGACAUCUCCUCGCCACCUGCCCGACCCUUAUCCGAGACCGGAAGUACCACCUUCGGCUCUAUCGGCAAUGCUGCUCCGGCCGGGAGCUGGUGGAUGGCAUUUUGGCCCUGGGCCUUGGGGUCCAAUCCCGGAGCCAAGCUGUGGGAAUCUGCCAGGUGCUGCUGGAUGAAGGUGCCCUUUACCAUGUGAAACACGACUGGACCUUCCAGGACCGAGAUACCCAAUUCUACCGUUUCCCCGGGCCGGAGCCAGAGACCGCAGGUGUCCGGGAGCUGGAGGAGGAGCUGGUGGAGGCCGUGGCCCUGCUGUCCCAGCGGGGGCCUGACGCCCUGCUCACUGUGGCACUCCGCAAGCCCCCGGGUCAGCGCACAGACGAGGAGCUGGACCUCAUCUUUGAGGAGCUCCUGCACAUCAAGGCUGUGGCCCACCUCUCAAACUCGGUAAAGCGGGAAUUAGCAGCAGUUCUUCUCUUUGAACCACACAGCAAAGCCGGGACUGUGUUGUUCAGCCAGGGAGACAAGGGCACCUCGUGGUACAUUAUCUGGAAAGGAUCGGUCAAUGUGGUGACCCAUGGCAAGGGGCUGGUGACCACACUGCACGAGGGAGACGACUUUGGACAGCUGGCACUGGUCAAUGAUGCACCCCGGGCAGCCACCAUCAUCCUGAGAGAAGACAACUGUCAUUUUCUCCGCGUGGACAAGCAGGACUUCAACCGUAUCAUCAAGGAUGUGGAGGCGAAGACCAUGAGGCUAGAAGAACAUGGCAAAGUGGUGUUGGUCCUGGAGAGAGCCUCUCAGGGAGCUGGUCCUUCUCGCCCUCCAACCCCAGGCAGGAACCGGUAUACUGUGAUGUCUGGCACCCCAGAGAAGAUCCUAGAACUACUGUUGGAGGCCAUGCGACCUGAUUCCAGCACUCAUGACCCAACAGAGACCUUCCUCAGUGACUUCCUCCUGACCUACAGCGUCUUCAUGCCCAGUGCCCAGCUCUGUGCUGCCCUUCUUCACCACUUCCACGCGGAGCCCUCAGGGGGCAGCGAGCAGGAGAACAGCACCUACAUCUGUAACAAGAGGCAGCAGAUCCUGCGACUGGUCAGCCAGUGGAUGGCCCUCUAUGGCCCCAUGCUCCACGCGGACCCGGUGGCCACCAGCUUUCUCCAGAAACUCUCAGACCUGGUGAGCAGAGACACGCGGCUUUGCCUCCUGCUGCGGGAGCAGUGGCCUGAGAGGCGGCGACACCACAGGUUGGAAAAUGGCUGUGGGAAUGCAUCUCCUCAGAUGAAGACCAGGAACAUGCCCGUUUGGCUCCCCGGCCAGGACCAGCCCCUCCCCAGCAGGAACUGUGCCAUUCGAGCUGGGGACAAAGUCCCCUAUGACAUUUGCCGACCGGACCACUCUGUGCUGACCCUGAAGCUGCCUGUGACGGCCUCCGUGAGAGAGGUGAUGGCAGCAUUGGUCCAGGAGGAUGGCUGGACCAAGGGGCAGGUGCUGGUGAAGGUCAACUCUGCAGGUGCCUCUGCUUUCUUUGCAGAUGCCAUUGGCCUGCAGCCAGAGGCCCGUGGUGUGGCCACAUCCCUGGGGCUCAAUGAGCGGCUCUUUGUUGUCAACCCACAGGAAGUGCACGAGCUGACCCCACACCCCGAGCAGCUGGGGCCUACUAUGGGCUCUGCGGAAGGGCUGGACCUGGUGAGUGCCAAGGACCUGGCGGGCCAGCUGACAGACCACGACUGGAGCCUCUUCAACAGUAUCCACCAGGUAGAGCUGAUCCACUACGUGCUGGGCCCCCAGCACCUGCGGGACGUCACCACGGCCAACCUGGAGCGUUUCAUGCGCCGCUUCAAUGAGCUCCAGUAUUGGGUGGCCACGGAGCUGUGUCUCUGCCCUGUGCCGGGCCUGCGGGCCCAGCUGCUCAGGAAGUUCAUCAAGCUGGCCGCCCACCUCAAGGAGCAAAAGAAUCUCAAUUCCUUCUUUGCCGUCAUGUUUGGCCUCAGCAACUCGGCCAUCAGCCGCCUGGCCCACACCUGGGAGCGGCUGCCGCACAAAGUCCGGAAGCUGUACUCGGCCCUCGAGAGGUUGCUGGACCCUUCGUGGAACCACCGAGUCUAUCGCUUGGCCCUCACCAAGCUCUCCCCUCCCAUCAUCCCCUUCAUGCCUCUUCUUCUCAAAGACAUGACCUUCAUCCAUGAAGGAAACCACACACUGGUAGAGAAUCUCAUCAACUUUGAAAAGAUGAGAAUGAUGGCCAGAGCCGUGCGGAUGUUGCAACACUGCCGAAGCCACAGCAAUGUGCCACUGUCGCCACUCAGAAGCCGCGUAUCCCACCUCCAUGAGGACAGCCAGGUGGCGAGGAUGUCCACGUGCUCCGAGCAGUCCCUGAGCACCCGCAGUCCGGCCAGCCCCUGGGCUUAUGUCCAGCAGCUGAAGGUCAUCGACAACCAGCGGGAACUGUCCCGCCUCUCCCGGGAGCUGGAGCCGUGAGGCAGCUGGGGCUGGAGCAGGCACUUCCCGUCAGGAAAGCCAGGGCCCGCCCGGGGCCAGGAGGCCCACAGGCCGGCGGCAGCUGGGCAGGGCUCUCCCGAGUGGACUCACGGCCCUGGAGUGGGCGGCAUGGAGGCGGCUGUCCCCUGUGAUGACAGACGGCCAAGGAGGACCUCGGAGUGGAAUGAGCCGGGGCCCAAGGCUAAGGAAUGGGGGGCAGAGAGGCUCUGGAGUGGGCAGGAGAGCGGAGCAGGCGCUGGAACUCGGUUCAAUAGAAAGCUCUCCACACCACGUUUUUCCCAGA